AUGACGCGCGCAGCCCGCCUGUUGGCGGUGCUGGGCUUGGCCCUCCUGGGAGCGGCCAGCGCGCGCCCCCACGGGCGCCAUGUCCUGCAGAUGGACGGCCACGCGCACGACGACACCGGUAUGGGCGACGGGCACAUGCACAUGGGCGGCGAGGCGCGCGACCUGUCGCACGAGUGCUACUCGAAGCCCUCGGACACAGCUUGCCGAUCCUUCUCCCCGACGGAGUCCGAGAUCGCCGCGGACCUCAGCGCGCUGUGCACGGACCCCGAGACGUCGAUGCCUUGGAUGAUCGGCUGCGGGCUGAAAAGCCAGUGCGACUCCGGCGCCGCGAGUGGCCCCUACUGCGCCCCUUUCAGCCUGCUGGCGAACCUCUGCUACGACAUGCCGGGGAUGACCGGCUGCGAGCGCUUCCGUGCGCUGUGCUCGGACCCGCGGAGCGUCGUCUCGGCGUGCACGACGCACCCCGCGCUCCCGAGGGUCCUCACCACGAAAGAGACACAGGAGGCGAUUCUCGAGAUGUGCGACGACCACGGAAUGCCCGGAUGCGAGGACUGCACUGGCAUGAUGGCGCAGUGCCCCAACACGCUCAGCACCAUCAGCCAGCUGUGCCUGGGGAUGCCUGGCAUGGCAAACUGCCAGCCCUUCCAGGCGAUGUGCUCGCAGGCGUCGUCCGCGUUCCCGUCCGUGUGCGGCACCGAGCGCUCGUCGGCCCUCCCGCCCAUGCGGAUGUACUUCCACGCCUCGCUCCGCGACAUCGUCCUGUUCCGGUCGUGGGUCCCCAGCAGCGGCGGGACGUACGCCGCCACGUGCUUCGCCAUCCUCGCCACGGGCGUGAUCAUCCAGCUGCUGCGCGCCUCGCGCGUGUGGCUCGAGCUGCGGUGGAAGCGCGACCGCGUGUCCGCGUGGCGCGCCCUCGACGGCAAGACCACCAACCUGAUGGGCAACGGCUGCGGGUGCAACUCCUCGGGCUCCCCGCGCACGAACGCGACGCCCCAGCGCAGCCGCAUCAUCAGCACGACGCAGCUCCGGCAGAACGCGAUCCGCGCCGGCAUCGCAGCCGCGGUGGUGGCGCUGGACCUCGCGAUGAUGCUCGUGGCCAUGACGUUCAACGUCGGGCUCUUCCUGUGCGUGGUGGGCGGGUACGCGCUGGGCGUACUGCUGUGCUCGCACCUGAACGACGACCUCGUGAUGGUCACGCCCGGCCCGAACCACACGGGCAACGGCGACGUCGUCACCACGGACCCACGCACCGCCGCGUGCGACGGCUGCGGCUGCUGCGACUGCUGA